UUUCCUGAGGAGCACACGCUGCGUGUCUGGACCUCUGUACGCCACAGGGACUUUGUUUCACUCCGCUUUUUCCCACGAGAUGUUGAUUGUGCUCGUGCGAAGACAGUGCAUCUUCGCCCCACAGUCUCGCUAACGACUGUAGUGAAGAAACAUUUUUUUUUUCCCCCUUUUUCUUAUUGUUCUCUGACAACUCCGGAGCCAAUACCCGCGCAGAGCGCACAGGUACACACUUCCUCCUGAGCAGGACUGUCAGAGAGCUGCCCCGGGAUUCUCUAUUAUUAUUGAUCUCUGCUGGAAACCAAAGUCAUUGAUCUGUUGGGAUUGGUUUGUUCAAUGACUUACAGGACUCGAUUGGAAGUUAUAUUCGGAAAGCUGUAACAUAAGAGUUUUUUUUAAAAAAACACACCUUGUUGGGGAGCCAUGCAGCUGGAUGGUCUGUGGACGGUCCACGCCCUCCUGGCACUGUCCAGCUUUGCUCUGGGGAACCCGAUGAGCAAUGACCCGCUGGCCGCACCCCGAGUUUUCAUUUCCUUCAAAGAGCUGAGAUCCACUGGCACCGCUCAUCACUUCGCCUACCUCCUCAACACGUCCGAUUACAGGAUCCUGCGCAUGGAUGAGGACCAUGACCGGAUGUACGUUGGCAGCAAGGAUCACAUCUUGUCCCUGGACCUUCAUGACAUCAACAAGGACCCCCACAUUAUCCACUGGCCAGUGUCAGAACGUAGAAGGAUGGAGUGCCUCGUGAGUGGGAAAGAUGCCAAUGAGGAGUGUGCUAACUUCAUCCGUCUCAUUGAGCCAUGGAACCGGACUCAGCUCUACAUCUGUGGGACAGGAGCCUACAAUCCAGUCUGUACCUUUGUCAACCGUGGACGCAAACCUCAGACGUCCAUGUAUCUGCAGAUGGCCCAGGCCAGAGGAAGGGCUAGCCGCGCAGCUGAACCCAGUGCGGUGCACGAGACACUUGGAUUAAAGGAAGAUAUCUUCCAUUUGGAGCCCGGCAAGGUAGAAUCUGGGAAAGGAAAGUGCUCCUACGACCCGAAGCUCAACAGCGUGUCAGCUUUGAUCAAUGGUGAGCUGUAUGCAGGGGUCUAUGUUGACUUUAUGGGAACAGACUCUGCCAUUUUCCGUACUUUGGGAACAAAGACGGCCAUGCGAACAGAUCAGUACAACUCCAGAUGGUUAAAUGACCCCACCUUCAUACACGUCCACCUGAUCCCAGACAGUGCGGAGAGAAAUGAUGACAAGCUGUAUUUCUUCUUCCGGGAGAAGUCCUCUGAGAUGGGUCAGACUCCAGUGACCCAGUCCCGUAUAGGACGCAUCUGCCUGAACGAUGAUGGAGGCCACUGCUGUCUGGUGAACAAGUGGAGCACCUUCCUGAAGGCCAGACUCAUCUGCUCGGUGCCGGGGGCUGACGGCAUGGAGACGCACUUUGAUGAGCUCCGAGAUGUUUACAUACAGCCAACACAGGACACAAAAAAUCCUGUGAUUUAUGGAGUCUUCUCUGUUUCUGGCUCUGUCUUCAAAGGCUCAGCAGUGUGUGUUUACUCCAUGGCUGACAUCCGCAUGGUCUUUAAUGGACCCUUUGCCCACAAAGAGGGUCCAAAUUACCAGUGGGUUGCCUACACAGGGAAGAUUCCCUACCCCCGACCAGGCACGUGCCCUGGAGGUACAUUCACCCCCAACAUGAAGUCCACCAAGGACUAUCCAGAUGAAGUGAUUAACUUUAUGAGGAAUCACCCUGCCAUGUACAAUGCUGUGUACCCGGUGCAUAAGCGCCCCCUGGUGGUUCGGACCAAUGUUGACUAUGAGUUCACCACCAUCACUGUGGAUCAGGUGACGGCUGCAGAUGGAAACUAUGAAGUUCUCUUCUUAGGAACUGAUAAGGGAACGGUUCAGAAAGUCAUUGUGUUGCCCAGGGAUGACCUGCAGACGGAGGAGCUGGUACUGGAGGAGGUGGAGGUUUUCAAGGUCCCGACCCCGAUUACAACAAUGAAGAUCUCAUCUAAAAGACAACAGCUUUACGUGUCAUCUACGCUGGGGCUGACCCAGCUGGCUCUUCACCGCUGUGAUGUGUACGGCGAGGCCUGUGCAGACUGCUGCCUGGCCAGAGACCCUUACUGUGCCUGGGACGGCAAGUCGUGCUCCCGUUACUCUGCCUCGCAGAAGAGGUCUGACCCGUUUAGACGGAGCCGGCGGCAGGACGUCAAGUACGGGAACCCCAUACGUCAGUGCAGAGGCUUCAACUCUAAUGCUAAUAAGAAUACCCUGGAGAUGGUGCAGUAUGGGGUGGAGGGAAGCAGCACCUUCCUGGAGUGUCAGGCCCGCUCACCACAUGCCCUCAUCAAAUGGCAUCUGCAGAGAGAUAACAGCGACCGCAGGAAAGAGAUGCGCUCUGAUGGCCGCAUUUUGAAGACGGAGCAGGGCCUCCUCCUGCGCUCUCUGCAGCCCUCUGACUCUGGAAUGUACCAGUGCACGGCCACGGAGAAGAACUUCAAACACACUCUGGUCAAGCUACAGUUGGUAGUGCUGUCAAGCCGGGCUGUCAACAAUGUGCUUGUAGAGGGUGCAGGGGGGCUGCCGUCUUCUUUACACUCCUCCAGCACCCAGUGGACUCCCAGCUCAGGCCAGUACAAGGACUUGCUGACCAUCCUGAGCCAGCCAGAGAUGAGCCUGAUUAAUCAGUACUGCCAGGACUACUGGCAGUAUGGAGACCCGCUGAUGGGCGCCCUGAAGGCCAAAGACCUGAAGGAGCUCAAGGAGCAGAAGAAACCCCGCAACCGCCGGCAUCACGGAGAGGUGGAGGAGGAAGAGGGGCGGGAGAAGGUAGAGACAUGAGGAGCCCAGCUUUGUGUCUAAAACAACCUCAGCCACCCUCCCCCCACCCUGUGAAAACUGGGAGAGACUCAUUCAGAGUAGCAGCGUGAAAAAAAUCCACAAUCCCAAAAAAACGCAAACUGAGAAAAAAAGAGGCUUACAAACAAAUCCCCACACACUUCCUCUUCAGCAGUAAGAUAUAUGAUACACAGUAUUUAUUGUAGGUUGUAUAUAGUCCGAUUCUGUGGAUUUCUUUGUACUUAUAGAAAAAAACAUGCUCUUUGUGUAUAGGUACCUGUGGGGCAAAUAUUAUUAUUGAUGUUGUUAAUUUUUAUUGUUGCUGUUACUGUCAUUACAAACUCAUCGUCAUAAUCAUAUGACCUCUGCGACUGUUAGGAAUGUGUUAUCAGGCAUGUAAGCUGUUAGAGGCGAGCUCUGAGGGGCUCUAUUACAGGAGGAAGAGCUGUUGAUGAGAGGUGAUGGGAUCUCUGUUGUUUCUUCUUUACUUUGACUCGAUGCCAGGACUCUUUGAUUUCUGGACACUCCAGGAAUGUCUGCGAUGUAACCUCCAUGUGGCUGCAUGACAGAGACUUGAUAUUGUGAGGGGACCAGACACAUGGUCCCAUUUAUAGAGGGGAAAUGAUCGUUUCUCCAUGGGAACCCAGACAUAUGAUGACUGUUGAAAUAUAUUUUGACUGGUGUAACUGGGCCUUUUAUAUGAAAUUGGUGCUUGCCUUUUGCUUUUAUUUUCUGCCCUACUUGAUUGAGGGAUUGUCAGUGAAAUUUGGCAAAUUUUGAUUUUACUCCACAGAGUACCUGAAGGUUCAUCAGGCCUUUGCACUCAAGUUUAAGGGUGUUUUCACAUUAAGGCGUGACUGAGCAUGAUUGCUCCCCCAUCGUCUCUUCUUUGUACCUGAGCACACUUGCAUAUUGCAUAGUCUGAUGCAGCAGGUGGCAGUAUGCAGAUAGGUGUUUGCAAACAGCCAAGAAGAAAAAAGAAGAAGAAGCAACCUUGGGAACCACUCACUUUGGCGUUUGUUUAUACCCUGUGUGAAUCAUGGAGUCCAACCUGCUUGUAUUUAUUUGAUUUUUUUCUGUCUUUUUUUUUCAUGAGAAUAGUGACACUUUCUUUUUCCACAUCCACCAUGCAGCUCAGAGAAUGACAUAGAUCUGUGAAUAUAGAUUGCCCUUGAUGCAAUAAACAAAAAGGUAAAAAGUGGCAAGAAAAAGUCGCAUGACUUAAAGUGGCAAAAUUGGGCAGAAAGCAGCAAAAAUUGUUUUUUAAAGUGGUAAAAAUUGAUGGAAAGUGGCAAAAAUUGUUUUGAACUUGAAAAAGUGGGUGAAAAGUGGCAAACAUUAGCUACAAGUGCCAAAAAGAUGUGGCAAAAUGGGCAAAAAGUGGCACAAAUGAGAAUUAACUGGCAAAAAAUGGCUAGGAAGGACAACUAACAGCAAAAACUAGUUAAAAGUGGUUAAAAGAAGUAGCAAAAAUGCACAGGGAAAAGUGGCGAAAAGGAGUUAAAAAGUAGCACAGAUAAAUAAUUCCAACAUUAGAACCCAGUGAUAGUUUGAUACACUUUUCAGAACCAAGAUGUUAGCCAGGAUGAUAGCCCAAUUGCUACUGAGCCAACACACAUGCAAUCAAUAAACCAAAACCAGGGAGGGUCCAUUCUCUGGGCUUUUCAGCGGCCCAGCCAACUCUGUGGGCAACCCUGCUGAUGUGACCCCAAUGACACGGGAAUGCCAGAUAGGUGGCAGGAAGUGAGAGACAGCUAGCCACAAGGAAUAAAUGGGAGUGAAGGAAAGUUGGUACUUGCUGCAAUUAUCAUCAGAAAAUGUUAACACCCAUUGACUAUGACCCCUACACUUAACAAAAAUUACCUGGGGUGGAAGCAUUCAAUAAUAAAAAUGACUCAGUCCUAUAGACCUCCAAGCGCCAGGCUAUUAAAUUGGAGGGUUGGGGUUAGGCCCCUGAGGUCAUUAUUAGUGGCCCUUUGGGAAGACUACAAAUGUUUUUAAAAGAUGCACAAACUUUUUUUUCUCCAAAUAAGGUAAGGUAUGUUUUUUAUAUUUCACAUGAAUUCCCCAAUUUAUUUGUCCCACCUCACAAUGUCGCAACUUAUUCCUGUUUAUAAAUAAUCCUCUCAUGACUACACUGCUCUCCACUAAUGAGAAGUCAAAAUGUUUAUAUAUAUAUAUAUAUAUAUAUAUAUACAUACAUACAUAUAAAGACAAAAAGUUACUGCAUUGGCUGACUCUGCUCAUCCAGACUUUACAAGGAGGCUUGUAAUCCUUGCUUGCCACUUUUUCUCUGUGAGAAACUUUUCCUUAUUUUUGCCUAAAUGUUUACUACUCAAAAGUAGCUCAAUGUUUUUUUUUUUUCAUAAUCUGAACAGAUAGAAUAAUCAUAAAAUGCACACUUCUUUGCAGAAAACACUCUCUGCCCCUAUCUGACGCUGUGACGUGACGGCAUCUGCAACAAAACAUUUUCUAAUAGAGAUAGGAGAUGUUGGGAAUUGCUUGUAGAACUCCACUUACUGACAAGUGCCCUAUCCUGGGGCAUGGUUGCAAUCACAUCUCCCAUGGUCCUCAGUCUGGUGCAUGGGAACCGUGUCUAUGACCCCCUCUUUGAGUGGACUCUUGGUAAUCAUGUGUUCACAAAUAAAUUGGACUUAAGAAUCAAGUGCUCUCUGAUUGGGCCUCUUAAUGUGAAACCACCCUAAAAAGACAAGAGAAGUCAAGUUUGAAAAAUUAACACUGAGAGAAAGGCAAGCAUCAGAUCUUUUUUUAAUGAAACUUAAUGGGACAUGUAAUAUUUUGGUUCUAAGAUAAACCAUUGUUUGAACUGAGGUUAUGGUGCAAUAAAGGGUCAUGGUUUUGUAUAAAGGGCAUUAUUCUUUUACAUUCAAGGGACACUGGCUCUGGCCAAAUCCAACAAGCACACUCUGCAACUUUUAAGUUGAUUUCUUAAAAAAAGAAAAAAAAAAUCAAAGAUAAAAGAAGUGCCAGAUGAGGCAGCAGUUAUUAGCUCUGAGCACAAAAGGCAUCUUUAUUCUUUCUUCUCUGACAUUCAUAUGUGGAAAAAUAAUAUUGCCCCUUUACACAUCAGAGCAUUGUAACAAUGUUGUGACACUAACCAAAAUGUUGGGAAGCUGGCUUUCAUUGUGUGCAUGAACCUGUACUUGUACUGUAAUUCUGAUAUGAUAAUGUGUGGUCAUUAUGUUUUUGUUUUUUCAUCUCUAGGGGUUUAAGGUGCAGUCCCCAGGGGAAAGUUCAAGUAUAGAGAAAAUCUACUAAACAAAAGUUUGAAAGAAGUCAAAUUUCCCCUGUGUAUGGAAAAAUAGAUACACUUAUAUUAACUCAAAAAAUGUUUUUGAUAGCACAGACUGAAAAAGUAGAAAUCAAAACAUUACAAUGGCAUGGAAAGUAUGGAGACCAAGGCAGUCUGAUUUAAAGAUAAGUGACAGUUAACAGAUUUUUAUUGUUAUGCCCACCCUCUAGUAUCAACAGCCAUGAAUUAAAGUCAACAGCGCUGUCACUGGGGAGAAAAGACUUUAAAACACCUAGAACAAGUUGCAAUCUUGUUUUCAUAUCAUUUUGCGAUUCCAGAGGCUUUCAAACAUGUCUGGCAUGUAUUCAGCCAUUUUGAAAGCCUCUGGGACCAUGCACCCAUAAUGAACAGAGGGGUUUCUGUAUCUGCUCCUCAGUCUGUCCACUGCUUAUGCAGUCAAGAAAAAAUGCAAAGAAAGGUUGUACAAUUUGUUAGUAUUUUUAAAUAUGUGUCCGUAGUUUUUGAGUGUUUGUUUUGUAUUUUUGCAUCAUCAUCUUUAAGGAAAAAAGAAGAAAAAAAGAAAUGCACAGAGGUGAUGUUAUUGUAAUGACUUGUGUAAAUUACUCUAUCCCCCUUUCCAUUGUUGUUGCUGACUAAUAAAUUAAAGCUCUAUAUUUUAUAAGAAUGGAAUGCUCCCCCCCUUCAUUGUGAUUGGCUUGAUAAAUGAUGUUCAUGUUCUGCCCAGAGCCAUCUGGAUCCUUGGAAUAAAGUUGUACCUGUUAAAGAGA